AUGGCGGCGGCGACGCGCGCGGCGGCGCUCCUCCUCGGAGGCGCGCGCGCGCUCGCGCGGCGCCCGCGGCACGUGCGAUGGCGCGCCGUCGCGAGCGGAGGCGGCGACGCGCGAGAGGCUCCGUCGAGAGGCGGACGGACGCGGACGGCGAAGGUCGGCACCGGCGACGACGACGCGUCGCCGCCGUCGUCGUCGUCGUCUCGGAGGCCGCGCCGACGCGUCGCGACGACGUCGCGCCCUCGCGGCGGCGGCGGCGACCCUCCCGGCGAGGCCAGCGCGCACCAGAUCGCGUCCCUCGUCGUGUGGCUCAGAGCGCGCGGGGUCGACUUCGGCGACCGCGCGGCGUUCGCGCGCGUGCGCGGCAUGGGCGUCGGCGGCGUCGCGACGCGAGAUCUCGACGAGGGCGACGUCGUCUUCUCGCUCCCAAUGCGCGACGCCACGCCCGCGCGAGCGCCGAUCGUGAUGACGACUGCGGCGGUGACGGACGUGGACGGGCCGUGCGCGCGGCUCGCGCGCGCGCUCGCGUCCGCGGGGCUCGUCCCUCGCGCGGACGACGACGCGGACGCGUCGUCAGAAUCGCCGCUCGGAGGGUCGCGCGAGAGCGACCACGAGUUCCCUCUGGACGCCACGCGGACGUCGCUCCUCGCGCUCGGCGUCCUCCACGAGUCCGCGCAUUCGCGCGACGACCCGCCGUCGCACUGGGCCACGUACGUCACGCUUCUCCCGCGUCGCGUCGGGUCGCUGAUGGAGUGGGACGAGCGCGAGCUGAGCGCGUUGCAGGGGUCGCGGCACGCGACGCGCGCGCGAGAGAGAAUCGCGUUGUUCGACGACGCGCGCGCGAAAUGCUUCCCGGCGCUUCUUCGCGCGGACGAAUCGCUGUUCGGAGAAGACGAGGCGACGCGGAGGGCGCAUGAGUCGCCGCGCGCGUGGCGGUGGGCCGUCGCGACCGUCCUCGCGCGCGCGUUUUACUUCCCGGACGCGAACGAGCACGGUCUGUGCCCCGGAUUGGACCUGUUCAAUCACUGCUCCGAGGCGGAGAAGUGCGUCGUCGAGGACGGCACCGCGGACGACGAGGGCGACGAGGGCGACGAGGGCGAGGGUAAAUACGCGCAUAAAGAGGCACCCAGGGUGACGCUGCGCGCGGGCGUCGGCGGCGUCCCCGCCGGGACCCAAAUUUUCCACGACUACGCGGACCACGCGCGCGGCGGGUGCCUGCUCGAGUUUGGGUUCACGCACGCUCCGAGCGCCGACGCGGCGGGGAGGGACGGACGCGCGGACCUGCACGCCGUGGACGUGUCGCUGUGGAGCGCACUCAUCGAGGGCGAUGACGACGACGGAAGGAUCGACGAGCGGCUCGCGGCGGCGUCGGACGCGUCGCCGCGGCGAUCGCUGACGUACGAGCUCAGCAACGUCUCGCCGCGGUGGGCGAAGGACGGCGGACGGAAGCGCGGGGUGGACUGCGUCCCGAUCGACAUGAUGCGCGCCGCGCGCGCGCUGACGUUGUCUGCGAGCGAGCUCGACGAGGUGAAGUCGGCGAGGGCGUCGCGCGUCGGGGCCCCGGCGUUCGACGCGUCCGCGCCGCUGAAUGAGACGCACGAGAAACGGGCGUUACUGGCGAUCGCGCGCGCGUGCCGCGUCGAGCGCGCGGGGUACGACGUCGAGGGCGUCGCGGCGACGACGGCGGAGGAGGACGACGCCAUCUUAGACGCGCUGCGCGCUCUCGGGGAGGGGGAAGGCGCCGCCGCUCUCGCGAUCGACGGUCGACCGGAGCUCUCGUGGUGCGUCCCCGACGACGACGCGGACGCCGCGCGCGAGAGAGCGGAGACGCGGCGCCUCAGAGCGUCGCUCGCCGUGGAGGUUCGACGCGGGGAGAAGCUCUUAUUGGAAGAAGUCGCCGCCGCGCUCGAGCGCGAGGCGGGCGCGGAGGAUCCCUGA